ACUACUGAUGAAAAAGACCCGAAACUCUCUCUGCUUUUUACUAUUCUCCACAACGAUAUUUAACUCCAUUUUUGGCUAAUUCUCAUCCAAAAUCCCAUUUUCUAUUUUGCAGAAAAAUCUUGAAUUUGUGAGCCAAAAUUGGGGAGGUGAUGAUGAAGGGAGUGAAAGGAAAGCUGCUGAAGAAACUCAAGACAAUCAAGGCGAUUGGGUACUUGAAGCCCGAAAGAAUUCUGCAUGUGAAUGCGUUAGAUGGUUAUUUGUACUCUUCACCCCCAAAAUCGAGCCCCGUCUCCCGUGUGCCGUUGAUGGCCAUUCAAGAACAGCCCAAGAAGCUAUCUAAUGAUAACAUUCUUGCAGUUCAAGAGCCCGAGAUCAUCGAUGUGUCGGAGCUAAUGAAAGACCUUGAAGAUCAUGAAAUGGCGUCUGAGAGUAAUGAAAAAGAGAAUGUUAGUCCCGAGACGACCGCAGAAGUCCCUGAUGGUUUGCGAGAAAAUUCAGAGGUGAAGGCCAAAGAUGAGGUUUGGAAAGGAGGGGCUGGGGGGGAGAGGGAGAAUGUCCCUUUGAAGGAGAUCGACGUGUCUUCUUUCAGGCGUCCGGAUUUGGAUUCGGGUACCCUUUUCGAUCCCAAUCUUCUUGCAGCCUUUCAGCAGGCAGUCAUGGAAGUCAAGGCACGAGAGGCGGAGAGAAGAUCAAGGUACGACGCUGACGAUUUAAGAGACGACGUUGAGGAUGAGCCCCCUUCGAAAGCACGAAAGAUCGAGCAAGUGACUGAUCCACUGCUAGAAUUCGAGGAGAAGUGCCCGCCGGGGGGAAGUGAUUCGGUUGUUCUUUACACAACAGGGCUUAGAGGGAUCCGAAAGACGUUUGAGGACUGUCAAAAGAUCAGAUCUUUAUUGGAAAAUUUGAGGAUCUUGUUCUUUGAAAGAGAUAUAUCGAUGCAUUCGGGGUUUAAGGAAGAGAUGUGGGGAGUGUUGGGAGGAAAAAUAGUGCCUCCGAGGUUGUUUAUUAAGGGAAGGUACAUAGGCGGAGCAGAGGAGGUGUUGGGGCUGCACGAGCAAGGAAAGCUUAGGCCACUGAUUGAAGGGAUCCCGUUAGACAGAAACGAAGGCCCUUGUGAAGGGUGCGCCGGAUUUAGGUUCAUCGUUUGUUUCAACUGCAACGGCAGCCGGAAAAUCGUGCCGGAGGGGGACGGUGAGUCGAUGAAUUGCUCGGAGUGCAAUGAGAAUGGAGUGGUCAUCUGCCCUUUUUGUUGUUGAUUCAUUCAACUCUUGUGUGUUCGUAUUUGUGUACUAAAAGAUGGAGUAGUUUAUGUGUAAUUGGCAUUCUUUGGUUUAUUAAUAAGGAGUGUAUUUCCUUGUAAAAGAGGACAAUACUGUUUUCUACAUGGAUUUUGAAGUGAUCUGAAUGAGGUUCAUCCAUGUUUCUUGUCUGUCUUUUGAAGGUUUGAGUAAUUAUCCAAAAUCUUUGUUAAUAAUGUAACAAAC